CCCAAUCGCAUGCACGCCGGAAUUCUCCAGGCUUGCAUCAAGGCGCAGACACCCCUGUAGAAAACAGCGAAAGACGACAAUGAAAAAGGUGUUGCAGGGAGCCGUGCAUGCCAAGACUCAAGAGCAAGGGAUGGGAGGGACGGCGAUGCCCGUCUGACUCAUUAAUCUCAUUUGCUGUGCUCCAUUGGCUGUGCUGUGUGUUUUCAGGCCAGCUUGGCCCAUCCUUUGUCCGGUGGGGAUGGCGUUCCCCCGAGGAAAACUGCGAGCUCAGGGAGAAGAGGGAAGGCAAGGCCCACCAACGCUCCCGUCCGAGCUCGCAGAUCCCAAGGCAGAUCUCGAGGCAUCCUCAGCCUUGUUUUCUUUUGGCUGAGGAUGCCAUCGGCUUCCCCUCCCUCUGGGGGUCAUGUUGGUCCUCGUCCGGUCCUCGUCCGUGCCCAUUUGGCUGUGGUUGGCGUCUCCGACCUUUCCUCGUGAUGCUGCCCGCCGCAGCUCAUCAUAUCGCUCAGCCUUAUUGGCUCUUCCUCUGGCGUCCUUCUCGCCCCCCCGGCACGCUCUCCCACAUCCCCCCGAGCCUCAAUUGGGUCUUCAUCGUGAAGAUCUGCUUGACGACGCCGUCUCAGCGGACCGACGUGACGAGAACUGCACUUGCUCCUGCCUGGGACAUGCGGCUUCCCCCCCGUCCCCGUUCGUCAGAGUGUGCUGAACCGCUGGUGUUGCCGUGGUGAAGCUGCAAUGAUGCUUGCGUAGGGAUGGGAGGGCAUCUGCUUCAUUGCAUGGUUUGCUUGUUGCACUGGCACCGUGAUCAUGAUGUGCUCUGUGUGGUGUGGGCGGAGGCGGUCUGUCAUGUCUUGUCAUUUGGAUGAUCUCUCUGCUUGAGGUAGCCUAUCACGUGAGGUCGCACGCCGCCAUGUCUUUUCUUUUGCGUGCAUAUGAUUACGCGUGCGGUUAUACUUCGGCGUGCCUCUAUGCAUUGAGACCAGACUCCUGUCAUUCAUAGUGCUGCCUCUGUCCGUCUGUAUGUGGGACCCUUCUUGCCUCUGUCUGUCUGACUUGCUUCCCCCGCCUUCCCCCUGUCUUUCAUGUCCUCGUGCUUAUCGUCUUCGUUUGAGUGCUUGGUGGUGGGGGUGAAGCAGCUGGUGAUGUCUUGUCAUUGGUGUGGUCUCUUCUCUGCGGUAGCCUAUCACGUGUCGUUGCCCGCCAUGUCUUUUCUUUUGCGUGUGCAUGGUUGCGCGUGUGGUUAGACUUCGGCGUGCAUCUCUGUUGCGACCAUACUCAUGCCAUUUCAGCCAGUGCCGCAUGUCUGUCUGUUUGUUCAUUACCGCGGCGGGGCUCUCCCCUCUAGCUGCCUUCUGUCUUCCUCUGCCAGCCCAGCCAGGACUUCCUGAGCAUGUGCCUGCCAAGUGCCUAUCGACUUAGAUCACACCGUGCUGCCCACUGAUUCAAUACACGUCGUCUUCCCCCGUCUGACUGUCUGGCAAGAAUGGAUUGAGCGCAAGCCACUCAGUGCGUGUGAAGGGAUGGAGUGCAUCUUAGGUAUCGUCUAUCAUAUGUUGCAGGGCCUCAUGGCCUGCCUGGCUAUUCCCUUCUCUCUCCCUCUGCUGUCUUCCUAUCUUCCUUCCUUAUGGGUCCCGUGUGGAUAUGGUGGUGUAUUCAUGUGAUUGGCUGAUUGUUGCUUUGGUAGCUCAGAGGGCGCUCAUUUUUCUACUUCCCCCUUCUGGCUUCUGUACACUUGCCAUGGCUCUUGCUGGGCGACAGCGCCCGUUCUUGUGUAUGUAGCCAGAAUCGGUGUUUGUCAACGUUCUACAAGGCAGCCAGUGCUCUCUGCUGCCAUCUGUUUGUCCGCCGGUGCCAGUGCAGGGAGGGGUAGACAGGCCGUGUGCAUGCUUUGCAUGUACAUGCUGCUAGUUUAGUGCGUGAGACAACAGGAUCCCUCCGGGGUUACAGAGACGAGUCUCGUUAAACACACUAACCAACCAAGGCACAAAGGGCGACGAGGUCAGAUCAACACGUGAGCACUGACCGGUUGCUACGGCUGACCACUGAGCUGGCAUACGAGGUGAGAAGAGAGGCAUUGUCUGAUGCACUGAAUCUCAUCGUCGUUUCCAUCUGAAGGCUCGUCGGUUCACUUUGUCUGUGUGUGUGUGUGUGUGUCACUGCAGGCGUGUUUGGUUCAUUCCCGCGCUGCGAUGCCGGGCGGUGAGCCUUCGACCGAGCUUUCAGUUGUGGAAGCGAGUGAGAAAGACUCUCUGCCGGACAAGCUUGCCGUUCUGGUCAAAGUAGUCUACCAAGUGAUCGGCUCUAGAUUGGGGGCAGUCGUCGUCAAGCUGUGUGAUGAUACGACGCUGGGUGGCCUUCUGAGAGAGGUCGCUGGUAAGAUUCAGCCAAUAUACGAGAGAAAAGGGUCGUCUGUCACGGGAGGGGAGCUCAAGUACAAAGACGACGACCUGGAGGACAAACGGCUCAGGACCGUCAGGUAGGUGAACACAAACCGUGGGUGUGUGUGUGCGUCGCGUUCGUGUCUGUAUGUGUGUGGACGCCGUGUUGUGUGCCUUUCUACCCGUCAGAGAAGUUUUUCAAGAUCAGAUCGAUGCUGGCGAAGACAUCAUCGUCACGGUCGAGGCGCCGUUGGUGCAGCCCAUAGGUGAGGCAGGCAGCUAGGGAGGCGAGUGGUUCAUCUUUCCUUCGCGGCUGCAUGUGGCUGUCAUGUUGUUGUGCUAGCAGAGACGGUGGGGCAGCAGCAGCAGCAGGAGCAACAGCAGCUUAGGCAGCCACGACAGCAGCUGGGAGGACAGCGGCUGCAGCGCAACACAAACGCGAUGAUCCCUUCGUGACGAGAGCUCUCGACCCUCAGCGGCGGCCGCAGCUUAUUCAGCAGGCCUUAUCGGCAUUCAGAAUUGAGGCAGCCUCUACUACGGCCAACACAGCAUUCGCCCGGUGCUUCCUCGCACUAGCGGAUCGGCCUGUGGUGCCGCGGACCAACGCAGGAGAAGUACUGCCAGUCGUCCCAUUCCUUGAAUGAAUUGCUGCUGGGGUGCGCUGAGCUGAUUCAGGAUCCCCUGGGAGACUGGGGUUUCAGUCGAGCAUACUAUGCAUCGCAACGGUCGUCGCGCUGUUUUUGAGCUUCAUGCUGACACUACUCGGCGCGGCUGCAUCAAACUUAGAUAGCUGGUGGAAUGGCCCGCUGGCGCGACUGGUUGCCUGCGGCCUGCAAGGGGAAGGAGGACUGAGAAUUGCAAUAGUGUGCUGGGCGGCAGGGGAUUUGUAGCAGACGAGUUGGGAGGUGUUGUACGUGGUGGAAUGAGCCGAGCUCUCUCCCUUCUAUGCCCCCCUGAGUGUGCUGUGGCGCUCUCCCUCCCUCUCUCUCUCUCUGUGCCUGGCCGCCUGCCUGUCUUGUUGGGGUGCAUGGGUGGGUAUGGGGCGGUCUUUGUCUUCUGGUUGGUGCACUCUUGUCACUUACUUGUCCCACCAUCGCAUCUAUCUGCCUCCUCUCGCCCUCUACGUAUGCGUAUGCCUGUGCCUGUGUGUGCAAUGCAGGCAGGCUUAGAUGUAACACCUAUGUGAUUCUUUGGCUGGUCUUGUUUGCUUUAUCGAUGAGUGGACUGACGCCUUCCUUCCCAGACACCGUCCUGAGUGCAUGACAUUGUCGAUGUGUAGACUAUUGCGUACAUGACCUGGCAGCCCUGUUGAGCCACACCCGUUUUGUCCAAUUACGCACUGAUAUUCCUC